CCCAGUAGUAUGGCCACCAUACCGCUCACUUUGACCUCACCAACGUCUUCAAAGAAUGCGAGGUCCAUACCAUUCGGGCAUGGCGCCUUGUCGAGUUGGAGGAUUGAUGUCUCGCACUUGAUUUCUGUCAUUGACUGCGAGCUAGUGCCGAUAUUCCACUCAGGCCUGCUGGGUUCUUCCAAAGGUGCUGAAGCAUACCAGCUGAACUGUUCUUCGAAAUGUUCAGCCCAUCGUUCAAGGCGGCGACGGAGAAACACUGACCAUUGCAAAGGCUUCACAUCUUGCAACCACUGCACCCGUGAUUUGCAAUGCUCGAUGACGCAUUUCUCAAAGACCGUAAUCUCUCCAGGUACCGGUCGGCUGCCGUGUGAGCAUGAUCGGAUAAUAGCAGAAGUAUCAUUUUCCAUAAAUAACGUCCCGAGAUCGGAUAGACAGACCAUUGUAUUUGAUUGCGGUCAUUCGGAAGAUUUCGGGGUUGUCAAACUUUUGGAUACCAUUGUGGAGACCAUGCAGCUCAAUGAGCGAUGUGUGGCACAUUCCUCUACAAUGUCUGGCCUGACUAGUUUUGAACGAAGCACACUAAAUCUAUCUGAAUCUGAAGACUUAGAUAUGGAACUUACAGUCCAUCUUCAGGAUAUCCAGAAGCUGAAAAAAUUCUGGCAGAUGUCCGAGUCUGAGAAGCUUGAUGUCGCAAAGGUUAUGAAAAAUCGGGGUAACAAGCUCAUUCAGGCUUCACAGUAUGUCCGGGCGCUACGUGCCUACAAACACGGUAUAGGUUUUCUUCAAGGAAGUGUGAGUGUGCUCAAACCAAACGAUGAUCAGAAUGAGGUCGCUUCCACCGUAACUCCCACGCCAGAGGCCCGCCAAUUGCUAUCACUCUGCUUUGCCAACGCAGCGCUGUGUUUAUUGCGCUCUGUCGCUUCGGUCGGCCAAAAUGAAGCUAACUCUGAAAGUAUGCGUCAGAUCAUCCAUAAGUGCAUUGCGUACUGCCAAAGUGCCAUAGACUUAGAUCCGACCUAUAUGAAGAGCUGGUUUCGACUGGCCAAGGCUCAUGCGGCGCUUGGCGAGUUCGAUGCUGCAGUUAAGGCAGGUGAAAGAUGUCUGAGGGAAGCUCAGACCGACCCUCCUGAUCCCUUUGCGAUCGAGCUCAACAAGUUGCUACAACGGUGGCGUGGUUCUGCGUUCAAAGCUAUGGAAGAGGAGAGAGCAGCCGUCCGCAAAGCCGUUUUACAAAAGUACCGGUACGCCGAUUACGAAUCCGACGACGAAGAUGAGAUUGAGAAGUUACCCAUCUCUGUUUGGUCCAACAGUCUGGCAGCCAACAUGAUGUCUCUGCACGAGGAGUUGGAAGCUUUUGGUGAGAAGAUGCCUGAGCCGAAAGCUUCCCGUUCCGGUCGCUCAGGCCACCGACUGGAAACCAUAGUGGAUGACGACAUUUCAGAUGAUGCUGAAAAAGACUAAGUUGCUUUGAAAACUGGUGAUUUUUCGUUUUCCUACUGUACAACUGUUCAAUAAACCUAUUUUCUGAUAGAAA